AUGGAGCCUGAAUCUGAAGACCCAGAGAAUAAUGAUCAUUUAGUCACUUGUUCAGAAUCAGAUGGUUCCCAAGAGCUUUGUGUUUCUGAGUCCCUGGAAGAAUCCUACAAUGAUGAUAGCAUGAGUGAUGCAGAGUUUCCCUCAGACCCACAGCCUGCUCACACCACUAAAGGUGACCUGGAGUCCCCAGAAUGCCUUCAGUCAGAAGACUGGGAGUCUGAAUGUGAGCAGGAGUCCCUCCCUGAACUAAGUGGAAGUGAGGAGGAUGUUUCAUCCAAAGAAAUGGAAAACAUCUACCUUGGUGAAUCAAGAGAAUCCAUCACAGAAUCUCGUCACUUUGAAAGCUUAGCACUGUCAUUGUCCCCAUCACACCCUGACCCAGAGCCUCGCACCUGCCAGAUAUUACAGGCACAUUCCGCCUCAUCUUCCUCCUCUCUUGGCUGUGGUGAUGUGACCCUGGCCCCAGAACAACCUCUGGCAGACAGCAAUAGGCAGAGCCCAGGGACUGGUAUUGAAGUGAGAGGGAACAGGAGGAUUGAAUCUUCAGAAGAAGGAGGGUGCUGUGAAGCACCUCCUGCUCCUGUCUCCUUUGGAAUUUCAGGCAAGAGUGCUGAGCAGGCAGAGAAGAGGAACUCUGAGUCUGACAGAGAUCUGUGCAGACCCGACAGGCACAGGGCAAGGCACACACGGCUCAGCCACAUCGAGAGCCAGUCAGAAAAACACAUCAAAGAGACCAAGUCUAAAUGUAAACGCAUUGCUCAGCUUCUUAUCGAUGCACCAAACCCUCAAAAUAAGGGAGCCUUACUGUUUAAAAAGCGUCGUCAGAGGGUCAAGAAGUAUACACUUGUGAGCUACGGGACUGGCGAGAACGAGCUUGACAACGAAGACCAAAUAGAGGAAGAAGCUAAAGAAGUCAGUACAGUUGGGUUUGACUUUGUGGCAACAAGUGACUCUGAGCUAGAGGAGGAGUACUCUGUCUAUCGCCAGCAGCAGUAUUUCAGUCUGAGCUGGGAAAAUUUUCAAGACAUGGAGGGACUGCCAGAAACAAAAGGAAAGGGUGUCAGGAUGUUUGCCCAACGUCGCCAGCGGAUGGAUGAAAUUGCGUUACAGCAUGAGGAAAUGAGGAGUAAAGGAAUACCUGUGGAGGCUAUAUCAGAGGCUGAACAUAGAGAGAUACAGGAUACUUACAACACAGAGGAAACCUACAGGCAUGCUGAUCAGGCCAGUCAAAACUACAUGGAUACAAGUCUCAAACAGAACUUACAGUAUCAAGAAAAUAUUCAACAGAUGAACCACCAAUACAAUGUGCCAAGACCCUUGGUGCCAAACAGAACUGCCAAGCCCUUCCUAGGAUUUCAAGGUUGUGCAUCAACUCCCCAGUUGCCUGGUGUGGCUGCCCCAGUGACAAAGAAGCAUGAACUGAAAUUCAAAGUACCUGUGCCUAUUAACACGAGUCCAGAUGUUUGGUCCCCAACUGGCGACAUCAUAGCCUCAAGAGAUGAGCGCAUAUCUGUGCCAGCUAUCAAGACUGGCAUCUUACCAGAGUCAAAACGGAGAGGCACUAAUAAACAGUCAUCAACUACAGAGCACGCACCUGAUAGUUACCUCCAAAAACAGGGAGAAAGGAGGUCUUACAUUGAACCAGAGGAAGACUUUUUUAGUCUUGGUGCUGAGGCUUGUAACUUCAUGCAACCCAGAACAGUAAAGCUCAAGAAUCCCCCUCCAGUUGCUCCUAAACCCAACAUUGAUCCAGCCUGCCCACCUUGGUUAGCAAAGAGUACCUCUCUUGAGCCCUUUCAUCCACCAAGAAGUCCAGUUUCACCAUCUUCUCGUAGUCCUGUGGGGCCUCAUACUCAGCCUAACUUACAGCAGCAAGACUGGGAUCAGGCUCCACAGAUGGUCAACCGUUGGGCACCAGUUCAAACUCAGACAUCACUUCAAAUGCCAUCUAAUGCCUGGGCACCGGUCAGCUCCUCACCUCAGCCUCAACCAGCCAUGAAUAGCUGGAGUCUACAGCCACCUCGAUCGCCUGUGAGUACUCCAGUUCUCAGUCCAACCUACAGCCCACUUCACCCACCGUCACCCUCAAGGAAUAAGUCAGCAAGUGGUGCUAACUCAGUUGCCUCUUGUCCACCACAAGCAGGAACCUCAUACAGCCAUGCAUCAAAAGCAGCACCUGCUUCUCCAAAGGGCCAGGCCUUAAACAGAGGUAUUAGUCGAGCUGCUGAAGGUCCAACUAUGACAGGAAAAGGUGCAGAGCUAUUUGCCAAGAGGCAAUCCCGCAUGGAGAAAUUUGUGGUUGAUGCUGAAACGGUGCAAGCCAAUAAAACAAGAUCCCCCUCCCCCACCUCAUCACUCCCUACCUCUUGGAGGUAUUCUUCCAACGUUCGUGCCCCACCUCCUUUGUCAUACAAUCCCCUUCUUGCUCCUUUCUACCCUCCAUCAGCUGCCAAGCAACCCCCUUCCACAAGCCCCAAAAUCAACCCAAAGACCAAAGCGAAGCCUAAAGUGCCCACAAAGCAUCUCAACUCUUUAGAUGUGAUGAAACAUCAGCCAUAUCAGCUGGACUCCUCACUCUUCAAAUAUGAUGCAGUCACUGAGGCCAAAGGCCCGAACCCCAAAACACCUCCAGCACUAAAGUCUGAGGUUAUCCCAACCCCCAAAUCUAGUUCUUCCCAUUCAUACUCUCCUCAUAAUGCCUCUGACCUUGCUGUUCCAAGCAAGUCAAAAUCCCCUAAGCCCUCUGGAUCGGGAUUUGGCAGAAGCCACUCCCUGAGCCUGCCCAGGCGGCUGAAUUCUGUGCCCGCUCACAGAUCUCUGUCCCCUGUGGGCACACCUGGAUUCCAGCCAUCUUUUAUACCUACACAGAGGCAAACGUCCUGGCAAGAGAAGGCCUACAAGCCUCUCUCACCCUGGGAGGCAGCGUGCAGAAGCCCCAUUGGUUCAGUGGACGAGGCCUUUGUGUUCCAGAGUCCACAGUCAUCCAUCGCCACGAAUGUCAUAUCCGCAGGGCAGCGCAGAUCUCUGCCAGAGCCUCCAGCUGAAUGGAAGAACAGGGUGUCUCUUGAUCCUGCCGCUGUCAGUAAAGUUCACUAUCACGCAGCCCCAACUCUACAGGUUCCAUCGAUAAGCAGGACACGGUCACCUGAGAAACCAGCUUUCUGUGGGCCUCCCUUUAGACCAGCCCAGCCUCUAAGGUCUGCUGGUAAGGCCACUACUGGCUUCAUGGGACAAGGCACCAGUCCAACAAAGUACUCUCCCCUGCUUAGCACAGCCCACAGAAGUUAAUGCCAUCCUGAUUAAGGCAAACAUGCCAUAGAUACAGAGAAGCCAACAUUUCUGUAGACAUAACUAGUAAAUGUUGUAGAUGAUCAGUGACAUUAAAAAUAAAAGACACUAAACUGAAGUGACCCCUCACUGGUUGACACCCCCCCCCCCCCUCCCCAACCCCCCAUGUCAUAUAUAUUAGACCAAUUUUUGUUUUAUUUUAUUUUAUUUUAUUUUAUUAAUUCUAUUUUUUGAUAGCAGUGCAUUCCAUAAGACACAAGCAGUCAUUUUUUGGUUUGAAGAGCACAAUAUUCAUCCGUUCUUUAAAGAGCAUUAAUUGGAGAUUGCUCAGUAGUGUCUAUAUAUAUAUGUAUAUAUACAUAUAUAUAUAGAUAUAUAUAGAUAUCUAUAGAUAGAUAGAUAGAUAGAUAGAUAGAUAAGCAAGUAAGCAUUAUUAUUACAAACAGGGAUGGACCAUAUCAAUAGUGCAAAGGGGGAAAAAAUCUUAUUAUCUCCCUCACUAUGCAAUGCACUAGGGGAGGUCUUAAAGCAGGUUUUUCUAUUAUUUUAAACUGUAAGUUGCAUGAUGUGAAGCCACACCUGCAAACAUAAGAACAUGAAGUUAUUUGUGGCUGAAGUAUUAUGAAUUAAAACUAAAUAUCAUAUCACUUUGCACAUUUUACAUGUGUACACAUUUCUAAAUUUUUAUGUAAAGCAAUGGCAUAAAGUGAUAUGUAACUGAAAUGAGUUGUGUUAUGCAAGUUGAACUGAAUGUGUUGUAGAUGUUAUUGAGAGGUUUAUGGAUAUCAUGAAUUAAAUGUUUUCUGGACUGAUUUAAAAAAGCUUAGUUAAAAAAGUUGCUGGUAAUGACAUGUUUUGGUCAGGGGAGGGAGGGGUGCUGAGAAAAAAAUGCUUUAAGAAAUAUUUAAUUUUUUUUAUCACUUGUGUAUUAAAUGUUCUUCACUGAAGGUGUUUUGUUUUUUAAAUUAGAUUUUAAACACACUGAUUUUAUGGGUACUUUUCCAAGUUGAGAUUUUUCACUUUGUAUGACAUCUGAAUGUUUCAUACGGUGGUAAUCACUACAGAGGUCACUCGAACACUUAUGUUAUUACACCUGCAGCAGCCAUUGCAGGCCAUUACCACAUUCAUUAAUAGUAUGGAAGAAGUGAAUACUGUUAGGUAAAACAUAUCCUAGACCAUUCCUAUCACCUUGUAGUGACUGCAAAAUGAGCAGAGUAGUGAAUUUCCCGUAAACAUUUUGCAAGGGUUUUUUUUUGUGUGUAGAAAGCAGCACACUUGUAGUAAGAGCCUGGAUUCCUGUGAUGGUUGCAUCUUAUCAUCUUAACACUUCUGAACUGAGAAACUGUAUGCAAGCUUUCCGAAACAUUUAUCAGUGUUUAUUUCCAUGAUUUUGGUUUUCAGGUUAUAAAGAGGAUAAUCAUGCAUGUGUACACUGAUAAUUUAUCCCACCUUUGAUGAUACAUUGUGUGACAUUGCAGUGGUAAAGUGGUGUGAGGGUUUCAGUAUGAACGGCAUGACCAUGUUAGCCUCUCGUUGACAGCUUGUUGGAGUGGAAUAUUAAUUUUUGCACUUUAUAAACAUAAAGUAAAAAUUUAAAUUGUCUUAAGCUCUUUAAAAAAAGUUUAUUUCUAUGCUUAAAAUCCAGUUG